AUGGCAGCGCCUAGUCCCGCCUCGUCAGCGGCAGCGGCCGACCGACUGAACCACAGCACCCGCGACGAGGGCCAGUUACAACACAAGAACAAGAAGCGGAAGCUGUCGCCGACAACAACAACCGUCCCCACGGCGAGCAAACAGAGCAGAGAUGAUAUCCUAGCAAAAGAUAAAGACACAAUGACGACGAUAAGGGGCGCCACAAACUCCAGCCAACGCGAGGCCAUCAGUACACCAAACAAGACGAAAAAGCACAAACCCCAGCGUCCACGCUCGAAAUCGUCCAGAUUACCGGCAUCAUCAUCAUCACCGUCAGGCCCAUACACGCUGUCCACAGCGACCGCCCUCCCGAGCGACGAUCAAGACGGACACCGCGCGCUGCAAGUCCUAUCGGACACUUUGGCAUAUAACGUCCAGAUCCAGUCCGUCCUGUCCUCGUCCAAGAUGCAGAAGAAGGUCAGCUCGGCGCUGCGGCAUCUCCUGCCUCCUCCUAACCUUGAGACCCACCCUAUGAAGGAGGCCGAGGUCACGGCUACAGGGGAGAAGAGCAGUCCAGCAAGAGUAGUUGUUCUCCGCGCCCGGGCCGCCGACGCGGGGAAGCUUGUUUCCAUUGCCGAGAUUGCCAAGAGGGAGAUCGAGAAGGGGACAGGCGGCCAGGGUGGCGGCAGUGGUGGCGCGCAUGAUGGGAUAUGGUACCAGUACAUUGCCCUCGGCGAGGAACUCGAGCAGCGCGAACGGAGCAGUCGCUCCACGACGAGCAAACGUGUGGAAAAGGGCGGCGUCUCGAUAAUUGAAGAGACUGUACUGGAUGGCCCGAAUCGUGACGAAUCCCACUUGGACAGAGGCGAGGAGGAGCAAGAUGAAGAAGACGAUGAUUUUGAAAUAAUGAAAACUCGCUUCGAGCGUGCCAUCGAAGGAAAACCACUGACAGCAGACAGCAGCAACAAGCGCAGCACGACGGGUGCUGCACUAUCCCAACACGACCAAAGGCCCCGUCUCUCACGCAUAUCAGAUCCAUUCUCACCACACUCCGCUCCCAUGAGCCUGGCUACAGGAGAACUGCCAGAUCAAUCCAAUUAA